GUAGGUUAGAUUGCAACUGUUAAAGAACUGUUAUCGUUCGAGAUAAUACCGAUAGCGGUAUAUUACUUCGUAGGAAUUAAGGAGUCAUAUAAUGUACUAAGAACGAAUCUCUUCUGUGACACACCUUCCUAAAUUGUUUCGAAUUUAAAGAUAAUACGAUAAGUAAAGUUGGUAUAGAUUAAAUAUUGAAUGUUUAAAUCCGUAACGCGCGCAGUACUGUUGCAUCAUUGUUGGUUGCGGGAGCACGAAACACAAACAUUCCCUGAGGUGGAACGACCGGGGCCUUUGUUUUGAAGCGAGCUUAAAAGAUCAAGUGACAUGUGAACGCAACACAGCACAAUGGGUCUCUCGACGAACUGUUGGAAAUAUUUAGUGUUAACUUUUAAUGUAUUAUUCGCUAUGUCAGCCGUGGUGCUGUUCGGAGCGAGUGGAUUUUUGUUGUACAAACUUUUUAUAUACAGACAUUUUAUUGGUGUGAAUGUGGAGUAUCCCGCGAUUCUAUUAUUGAUGAUGGCGAUCAUAACAUGUUCUAUAGCAUGGAUAGGAUGGAGGACGGCUGUAUCAUUGCACCAGAUUCACAUUAUCAUAACAGGCAUCCUAAUAGUACUAGUGGUGAUCAUAGAGUUCACUUGCUUUGUGUGGGCUAUGGUGGUGUGGGACAAUGUGGAGAUAGACGUGAAAACUACCAUGACGCAGUUCUUCGAAGACACCAGGGGUGCUGAUGCAAAUUCCGCUGAGUCCUUAAAAUGGGAUCGGUUACAUGUAAAGUUCGAAUGCUGUGGGGUCACAGGGCCAAAUGAUUACGCGACAUCAGGCCACGUACCGUUCUCUUGUUGUGGCCAAGGUCCUCUCGAUUCCCUACACAAGCCCUACGCAUCAGAAUGCGCCGCGUUAUAUCUCAGGGGCUGCGGAAAGCAGUUACACGAAUACACGAGGCAACAGUUGAUGCUUGUGUCCAUGACAGCAUUAUGUGCUUCUAUAAUACAGAGCACCGGGAUAUUCUGCACGUUCUUCUUAGCGCAUGCCAUUAGGCAAAGUCGACGAGCGUCCAUCAGGAAUUCUACUGCAUUGAGGGAAUCAACAUUUGCAGCAGCGGAUGACUCGCUUCUAUCCCCUACAGCUCCUGCGCCGACCCUGCCAAAGUAUUAGUUUUUUUGUAGGACAUAUUUACUCUUUAGAAUUUUUUAGAAGUUAGAAUUUCGGUAACUUACGGUCUUAACUAUAGUUUAAUUGGUAAGCAAUAAUUUAGUAAUUACCAAUCAGAUCCUUAUAGCUGAAAUACCACUUUAAUGUUCUAUUGUCAAUAUUCGGUUGGAAAUUUAGUGAAUUUAAUAUAGCCAAUACACUGUUGCCAAAAAUACGUUAUCAUUAAUUUUGGAUGCAAAACUUCAUGGUAACAAUGUUCAAUUUCACUGUUGAAUUACAGUAAUGCCAACUUAAAAAUACUCAAGCUUAUUACGAGACUGCAUUUGAUAGUGACAUUUUUGAUUUAAUGUUGAUUUUUUUUAAUAAGUACGAGUAUAUAAUCUGUAAUAUGGGGAUAAGACAGGUGUAGGAAUGAGCCUUAGUUAAAUCUGUUAGUAUCUCGGAUGUUACAUGGAUAUGGUUUCAGGUCACGUAAUAUUUAUGGGAUAUUUUUAUUUGUUAUAAAUUGUCUUGUGAGCCCGUAUUGGUAGGUACCACAACCUUGCCUAUUUCUGUAGCAGUUUUACUAUAGAAUUGAGAUUUACAACCAAGUGUGUCAAUGUUUCUAUUAUAACGUUUUAAAUUUUUGGUGAUUUGCAUAGAUGGUAGAUAAGUAGUCAGAAUCUAAUCUAAGAUAUUGGAUUAAAGGUUCGCUUUAGUUUUAGUUGUACUAUUGUACUUAUAAAAUACUUGCCAGUUCGAAUUUUUCAAUUCCCUAAAUAUGUUUAAGCCUUAAAAGUUUAUAUAGCGCGAUCAAAUUUUAUCAUUAGAAGUAUUUUUGUUUGUUUUCAGAUUAUUGUUUUG